AUGCAUUCUUCCAUCGUCCUCACUUUCCUCGCUGCCGUCGCAACUCUUGCCUCGGCAAGCCCUUCCCUCAACACCAAGCGCGACGACACUGUCUGCGCGCCGGGUACUGGCUUCUUCCAGUCCUGUGCCAAUGGCUUCCGCGGCUGCUGCGAGGCCGACGCCUGCACCAUCGGCUACUGCCCCGGCGUGACCGAAACCUCCGCCAACGCUCCGGCCGAGACCACCCCCGUCAACCCCGGCCACUCGGCCAGCCAGCAAUCCACCGACCCCACCGUCUGCCCUACCGGCACCGGAUUCUUCCAAUCCUGCUCCAACGGCUUCCGUGGAUGUUGCAAGGAGGACGCCUGCGCCAUUGGCUACUGUCCCUCGGCCUCUGUGAAGCGUCAGGACCCGACGGUGUGCGCUCCCGGCACUGGUUUCUUCCAGUCUUGCUCCAACGGCUUCCGUGGAUGCUGCAAGUCUGACGCCUGCACUCUCGGCUACUGCCCUACUACCUCUGCUUCCGAGAAGCGUCAGGAUCCCACCGUCUGUGCCCCUGGCACCGGCUUCUUCCAGUCCUGCUCAAACGGUUUCCGCGGCUGCUGCAAAUCCGACGCCUGCACCUUGGGAUACUGCCCCGAUCUGGCCAUCGCCUCCCCCUCAAAGCGCGCCGCCGACCCUACAGUCUGCGCCCCCGGCACCGGCUUCUUCCAGUCGUGCGCCAACGGCUUCCGCGGCUGCUGCAAGCAGGACGCCUGCACCAUUGGCUAUUGCCCGGACGUCAAGACCUUUGAGACGGUGACCAAGACGGCCCCUCAGACGACCGCCACCCCGACCCCCGAGAGCAAGUCCAAUGCCAACGCUGAUCCCACUGUCUGCGCCCCCGGCACCGGAUUCUUCCAGUCGUGCGCCAACGGCUUCCGCGGCUGCUGCAAGUCUGACGCUUGCACUAUCGGCUACUGCCCCUCCAACUAA